GUCUGUCUGUACAAGCCCCUUCCUUGCAAGGUAUGCUCUCGUCAGAUGGUGAGCGUCAUGAUGGCCUUCUCGGCCUCAUCAAAGUGGCGCUGCGCCUCAGACAACCGCAAAUCCAAGGCAGGUCCUCUGCAAAUGGACACACAGCACAUACACACAGCGAGAGUCUACCCCAAGCAGCAACUCACGGGCGGUCUCUCGUACUUGAGGUUCGGAUUUCGCUUGGUGAGUAUGGUCUUGAAGGCCUCCAGCCACGUGCGAAGCGACCCGAUGACCUCCGUCUGCAGACGCUUGAUGGUACCUGCGUGUGAGGGCAGAGGCAACACACACGCGUGGAUGCGCCCUGCAUCCUAAUGGCCCCCUGUUUGUAUACCUGAGCAGUGGAUGACCUGAAUGGCGACUCGUACGCCACCGAUGGACGUCAUGAGAGUCAGCGCCGCCCACACCAGCUGAUAAUAGGUCUGAGCAACCAGACACAGAGAGCACGCGGCCAUGGGUGCAUGGUGCAAGGGCCAGACCAGUGAGGCCGGUGUGAUCGCACCCUGGCACAUCUGAUGACCCCAAAGCCCGUCGCGGGACUGAAGUAGAUCACUGAGGGGACACAGACACAUACCAGCCCCAGUGUGCAAGAGUCUUCAUCUGCUGACCUUUUAGCCGCGAUAGGUUCCUCCCCAGCCCCAUCUCUCCGAAAUUCUCCUCCAGUGACUCACGCAGCGCCUGCACACACACACACACACACACAUUCAUGGACGCACCACUGAUGAGUCGGAAAGAGGAAGGUGCACUCAUGACCUGUCGUGCGCACCUCCAUGAGAUGAGUGCUUGUGAGUGGCGGGAGUGAAGUCCGCUCUUCCCACUCAAAGGACAGAGCCAGCCAUCGCACCUUCAGACGCACCAUGGCACAGCCGCAACACAAAGAAGCGCUUCGACAAUGAGUCGAAAGGCACGCUGUCGUUCGGCAAUGGUCAGAUCAGGACUCGCGGCGAUGAAUUCGCC